UGAACGGGUAACAACUCUCUUCUCUCUUCAGCAAAUUUUACACUUUUUACUUUCAAUAGGUUUUGCCAUGACUAUUGACACAAAACCAAUGAUUAACUCGCUUGCUACAACAACAUGCAGCUUAGGAAACCCCUACCAUUUAAUACCAAUGGUUUCUUCCUCUAUCUCGCAAGCUUACUCUAUACUGCAACUAAUGUCAUAUCUAAAAUUAGCUUUUCGUCAUAAAGACUUCUCUCUGGUUGAAGGAAUUGUAAUGGACUAUCAAAAGCACUUGUCAUUGAUCAGAUUUAGCAACAAUGCUUUUCAUGAAGAUCUCCAUCAGCACCAGAAGAUUUACUAUUCACUUCUACGACAUCAUCAUCAUUCGCUUCUAACUCUUCUACUCUUUUUUGGAUCAGUCAAACAUCCACACCACCAUUUCUAGCUUUUCCUUCCUCCUAAAGUGAUACUCUACUUUCUAACUCUUUCAACUGUUCUAAAUACAACUCCAAUUUGGCCUCAACUUUACCUUUUUCGCUCUUUACCUUCUCAUUUUUCCUCUACAUAUUCUUCAAUCAAUUCUCCAUCAAUUGAAGGAUAUGCAGAAAAAAUAUGAGCACCUACAAAAUGAAAAAGCUAAAGUUGAGCCAAAACUAAAGAUGUAUUUAGAAAACUUGACAUAGUUAGAAAGUAGAGUAUCACUUUAGGAGGAAGGAACUGCUACAAAUGGUGCUGUGGAUGUUUGAAUGAUCCAAAAAAUAAUAAAAGAGUUAGAAGCGAAGGAUGAUGAUGUCGUAGAAGUGAAAAUAGUAAAGAUUCUGGUGCUGAAGGAGAUCUUCAGGAAAAACAGUUAUCACCGCCUAUGCCUCCAGUAGUUAAUUCAGCUGCAAAUGGAAAUGGCUGCGGUACAUGAAGAGAUGAAGUUAGGAACUUACAGUUAUUGACUGAUCAUUUCUGUCCUACGACUAAGCUUUACUUAUGUAUACAUCCAUUUUCUAAUUUUUGCUUCCCUUUGGACCUAAACCUAACUCCUAAGAAUUUAUGUGCAACUGCAAAUGUGCUACACACUGAUAUAGUAAUUGCGUGCAGUGAACAUGAUUUGUGCUCCUUUGUUUUGAAUUUCAAACUAUAGGAUUAACAUGGUCACAUGACUGUAGCCGCAGGCAGUGGUAACACAGACUUCAUCAUUUCUACAAAAAUUAAUCUGGUUAACUAUCCUGAGGUCCAAACAUCGCAUCCCAUACCUUCUACUGGUGGUUCUGCUCACAUCAAUAUCAAUAUUUCCAACAUACAAAAGAAAAGACGCCAGUCACAGCAACCAGCUGCAGGCAGUGGUAACACUAAAUUCGUUUCUACAAAAAUGAAUCUGCUUAAUUAUCCUCAUGUCCAGACAUUGCAUCACAUACCUUCUGCUGAUGGUUCUGCUCACGUCAAUAGCAAUGUUUCCAACAUACAAAAGAAAACACGCCAGGCACAGGAAGCAGCUUCACAUAUUUGGGGAUUAGAAUUCUGUAUUUCUUAGUGGUCAAAACGCAGCAAAUGAAAUCAAGUACAGAGAGCAGUACGAGGCCAAGCACAUAUCAUCGUGCAGUGCUACCGAUCUGCUCUACUGCAGAACAAGCUGACAAAAACAUCCAGCAUUUAUAUGAACAAUGUCGUGAAUUAACUAAUGGACUACAUGGUCACAGCACAGCACAUAAAGUCUGAACACUAACUUAGGUCAACAGUUUUCAAUUUAGAGCAAAGAUGACUGUGCUUGCUCAACUUCUUACCAUGAAGAUAAUAACAAUCUAUAGCAACAUCAGCAAACUGCUGCAACAAUGACAGUAUACGCAGUGCUUCAAUCGACUGGCAACUCAGCGCUAAUGUACAUGCUGAAGUACCAAUACUGCAGCAGCUGCCACAUGUUAUUUCUUUCUUCCUGUACAUCCGUCUGCCAACCUAACAAAGAUACUACUAUUUGGUUAACUAUCUUUCCUACAAACAUGGUACUAAGAGUGAACAUCAACCAAAUAGAACCAGCAACACAAGAUUGGAUUUGCAAAGUUCAAAUUGUCGAAAUAGGCCGCCCAAGAGAAAGCCUUGACAAGAAAUGUACAUUCCAAAAUUUAAUUUUGGAAGAUGAAGAGGAAUGCCAAAUUAAGGCAGUUAUGUACACCGACGAAAUCGCACAGUAUGCAGCUACGCUUAAACUACUCAAUACCUACCUCAUCUCUACUGCAAAAGUGAAAGUCUCACCAACUUCAUACGGCAAGCCAAUACAUAAAUUUCAGUGGACUCUUGACAAAGAAACAGUAAUUGAACAAAUCAAAGAAUCUCAUGAAGUUGAAAAGCCACUUCCACCGCCAACCAAGCUGAAUAUCACCAGCUUUGACCGCCUUCCUCAUCUGAUGGUCGAUUCUGCUGCUGAAAUAGAUAUACUAGCAAUCGUUCUUCGUUGUGGUCCUCAAAAAAACGCCGGUCGCAGUCAGCAUAGGUGUCGAGAAAUUACCCUUUGUGACAAUCAGAGAAAUCAGUUUCUCUUCACUCUAUGGGAGGAUUUUGGAGAAAUAGAAGGACAUGAAAUUUCCUCAAAAAUGGCAACAGAACCAGAUCUGCUUGUAAUCCUCGGAAGGAGUAUAGGAAUCUCUACUUAUCAAGGGUUGUCACUGCAGACUAGGUACAAUUCCACACUCCGUGUAAAUCCUACCUACCCACAGGCAGUGGCGCUCAUCAAAUGGGCAAAAGAUAACAAGACAAUGUUGUUAGGUUCUCCGUCAGAGAAAACCUCAGCAACCUCAUCUAUCAGUCCCAUGAUAGUCACUCCUGCUGGCCAACAACUUAUCUCUAUUGCAAAAAUCUCAUCAGCACCUUCUAUGGGAAUGUUCUAUGUUGAAGCAGAGAUGGCCAUAUUAGAUGAGUUCCAAGACUUUUGUGUGCUUGAAUGCUCAGGAUGCAAACAGAAGAAGCGAACAAAGGAUAGAAAGGAUUUUGAAUGUCCAAAAUGCAAUCGGAAAACAUCAUUAGUACCUCGCUGUAGCUUCCAAAUUGAUCUUAUUGACAAUACUACUAUAACUACAGCAUCUAUCUCAGCUGAAUUAGGAGAAAAAUUACUGUCCAUGAUAGCAGAAGACAUAUUUGACAUCACUUGCACUAAGCGACAAUCUUUGUCUCUUACUCAUGUCCAUGAGAUGCUGUCAAACAAAGUAUUCGAAAUUCAGUUAAGGAAGUCAUCUUGGGGCAGCUCAAAUACCGCAAAUGCAACUUUGUCCAUUCUUUCCUACAUGGAAAAACAACAUACUCCAGACAGCACUACUGAUAGGACUCCUAAAAAGAUAAAGCCUUUGGAAAUAGGUGACGUAGAGGUCAUGGUAACAACUGCUACAGCUGGUCCUUCAAAUGCACCGGCAAAAUUUGAACCACCCACACCAACCAAAAAGGUGUAAAAGGUACUCCCUCACACCAUUUUGUGACUUAUGCUUAUGCUAGGGACACUAUAAUAAACGACUCUCCCUAUGCUCUGGUUUUUUGCAUCAGCAAGAUUAGCUAUCCGCAGGCCAACUGCAGUGUCCUCUAAAUAUCAUAGACAAUGACAUGCUAAUCUUAUAUUCCAAAACUGCAACAUGUACUAUAUUAUUUUGGUUAUAUUGCAUUAGUUAGUAUGUGCAAACCGUUGAACUCAACAUCGUAGUUAUGUCUAUUGUACAUAUUCUAUAUAUUUCUAAUAGUACAUAAUAUAAUAGCUCGUGUUAUCUA